AUGGGAAAGGGAGGAGGGAGAGUCAUUGCGUGCAACCGCCCAAAUUUCAUUUCACAGAUCACCUUCUACGAGGACCGCGCCUUCCAAGGCCGCUGCUAUGAGUGCAGCAGUGACCACUCCAACCUGCAGUCCUACUUCAGCCGCUGCAACUCCAUCCGCGUGGACAGCGGCUGCUGGAUGCUCUACGAGCGCCCCAACUACCAGGGCCACCAGUACUUCCUGCGGCGCGGGGACUACCCCGACUUCCAGCAGUGGAUGGGCCUCAGUGACUCCAUCCGCUCCUGCCGCCUGGUCCCGCAGCACUCAGGUACUUACAGAAUGAAGAUCUAUGAGAGAGAUGACUUCAGAGGACAAAUGUCCGAGAUCACAGAUGAUUGUAUCUCGCUUCAGGAUCGCUUCCACCUCAAUGAAAUCCACUCUGUCAAUGUUCUGGAAGGCUCCUGGGUCCUUUAUGAGAUGCCCAAUUACAGGGGAAGGCAGUACCUGCUGAGGCCGGGGGAAUACAGGAGAUACCUUGACUGGGGGGCUGUGAAUGCCAAAGUUGGCUCUCUCAGAAGAGUCACGGAUCUUUGCUGA